CUCCAGGCUUAAAGUUGCCAAGUUGGAGACCCUUGACCUAUACAGUAGUUUGGGACAGAUUGAGUAAGAGACUUGGUUGACAUACUGUGCUCCCUGAUCAUAGGAAUAUUCUUUGGGUUGGCUCAGGAUAGUAGUUUAUCUAGUAAACUACAGUUAAAGAAACCAUGGUUUCCUUGUACAUUGUAGUUUAUCCAAAAACUACGGCUAAACGAACUAUGGCUUUUUGUAAAUUGUGAUUUAUCCGAUAAGCUGCAACUCAACAAACUACGGCUUCUUAUAAUUAUGGCUUAUCCAAUAAAUGACAGUGAAGCAAAACUAUGGCUCCUUGUAAAUUGUGAUUUAUCCAAUAAAUUACAGCUAAAGAAAAUACGGCUUCUUGCAAACUUUGAUUUAGCCAAUAAACUGCAACUAAACUGUGGCUUCUUAGAAUUGUGGCUUAUCCAAUAAACGACAGCUACUAUAAACAAAAGAUGUCUUCUUGCAAAUUGUGAUUGAUCCAAUUGUGGUUUAUACAAAAACUACAGCGAAACAAACAAAGAGGCUUCUUGCAAACUGAUUUAUCCAAUAAACUGCAACUAAACAAACGAUGGCUUCUUAUAACUGUGGCUUAUCCAAUAAAUGACAGUGAAAGAAACUAGCUUCUUGUAAUUAAUGAAUCCCUCAAAGAGAGCCAUGGAUGGAGGGAGACAGGAGAUUCGGGCACUUGUGGGAUAGCGUGAUAAAUGUCACACCAUUCUUGUGAUAAAAUCUUGGGUGUGAAAAGGGGCGUGGCUGCCAUUGCACACUUGUGGGACACUUGCAAACAACUCUUCUUCUUAAAGCAAAACCAAGGGCGCCAUCUGCUGGACAACAGAGAAACUGGUAUUUACUAGGAAGACCAUCAAAAGGGGUUGAUGCGGUUUUCUGGAAUGGAAAUCAAGUUCUACAAUUUAUUAAUAUUUCGUAUUUCUCAACAGCCCAUCCCCUUCCUUACACAAUGGAACGCCACAAAGCUGAAAGAUUUAAUUCUUUGAUUCCUUGAUUCCUUUAUGAGUAAUUCAAGGCAGUGAAUAGACAUAAUAUUCCUUCCUCCUGUUAAUUUCAUUUGAGCAACAACAACCCUGUUAGGUGUGUUGGGUUUAGAAACAGGGACUGACCCAAUGUCGCUCACCUAUUUUCUUGCCUAAGGUGGAACUAGAACUCACGUCUCCUGGUGAUUGACCCAAAGACAGCCAUCCAAUAUUUAUGCCUAAGGUGGAACUAGAACUCACUGGCUCCUGGUGAGUGUCCCAAAGACAGCCAUCCAAUAUUUAUGCCUAAGGCGGAACUAGAACUCACUGGCUCCUGGUGAUUGGCCCAAAGACAGCCAGCCAAUAUUUAGGCCUAAGGUGGAACUAGAACUCACUGGCUCCUGGUGAUUGGUCCAAAGACAGUCAUCCAAUAUUUAUGCCUAAGGCGGAACUAGAACUCACUGGCUCCUGGUGAUUGGCCCAAAGACAGCCAGCCAAUAUUUACGCCUAAGGUGGAACUAGAACUCACUGGCUCCUGGUGAGUGUCCCAAAGACAGUCAUCCAAUAUUUAUGCCUAAGGCGGAACUAGAACUCACUGGCUCCUGGUGAUUGGCCCAAAGACAGCCAGCCAAUAUUUAUGCCUAAAGUGGAACUAGAACUCACGUCUCCUGGUGAUUGGCCCAAAGACAGCCAGCCAAUAUUUAUGCCUAAAGUGGAACUAGAACUCACGUCUCCUGGUGAUUGGCCCAAAGACAGCCAGCCAAUAUUUAUGCCUAAAGUGGAACUAGAACUCACUGGCUCCUGGUGAUUGGCCCAAAGACAGCCAGCCAAUGUUUUUGCCUAAAGUGGAACUAGAACUCACUGGCUCCUGGUGAUUGGUCCAAAGACAGCCAGCCAAUAUUUAUGCCUAAAGUGGAACUAGAACUCACUGGCUCCUGGUGAUUGGUUGAAAGUCAGCCAGCCAAGGCUCACGCCUGAAGUGGAACUAGAACUGGUGAAAUGUCUCCUUGAACAGUUUCCAUCCAUUGUGCCUUGUCUGACCCUUUGGGUGCUUGGGAAAAUACGUGGCCCCCUCCUCUCUUUGACAGCCCAUCACCCAUUUUAAAGUCACCAAGAUUGAGAACUACUCGCUUGAUUGGAUCACGAGACAGGACAAUCUGUUUCGAUUGCCAGUAAGGUUUUGCCAAAUAUCCCUUUUGGGGGGAAAAAAAUAAGAUUUCCCUUGCAACCUUCACAUUUUUUUCUGUGAUUUUUGCAUGCACUGAUGUACAUCAAAACCCCAAGCCCCAUAAAUGGUCGUCCCUCUUUUGAAAAUACCCAGGUCGUCCUCGAGUCACGGCCCCCAUUGAGCCCCAAAUCUCUGUUGCUAAACGAGACAUUUGUUAAGUGAGUUUUUUGCUCCCUUUUACAACCUUUCUUGCCAUAGCUGUUAAGUGAAUCAUUGCAGUUCUUAAGUUAGUCACGUGGUUGUUAAGCGAAUCUGGCUUCCCCCGUUGACUUUGCUUGUCACAAGGUCGCAAAAGAGGAUCGCGUGACCCCCGGGCCACUGCAACCGUCAUAAAUAUGAGUCAGCUGCCAACCCUCUGAAUUUUGAUCACGUGAUGUGACCCAUGGGGAUGUGCAGUGAUGCCGUGUGAAAAACGGUCCUAAGUUAUUUUCUUCCAGCGCCGUUGUAACUUCGAAGGGUCACUAAACGAAUCGCAAGCAGUAAGUCGAGGACUACCUGCAAACCAGCGAAGUGGCCCAACUGAGCCCGGAAGUCCCUUUUCCCGAAAGCGAGAGCGAGGUUGGGCCCCUCUUCGUUUUCCUACGUCUAGAGUACACCGCGAUCACCUAAGCUUCCUUUGCGCUCUCCACCAAACUUGCUAAAAAGGGGGCGGGGCUGAACGACGCUAACCUAUCGGAGUUAGCCGGAAGACGGAAGAGGCCCGGGCACCGCUGUCGGCUCCACGUGGUUUGAUUGCUGCCGAGUUCCACCCACAUGGCUGCCCGGCGGAAGAUGUUACCUGAAAGUGACGAGGGAACGAAAGGUCCGGAGAAGGAAGAGAAACAAAAUGGCGUCUCUAAGGAAGAGAAACGAAGGGGAAAGAAACGGGCGGCUUCUUCCGAAGGCCUUUUGCAGCCGGUGAAAUUGGGCAAAAGUGAGCUGUACAAGGUGCCCACCAACGAAGAGCUGAGCCACCUCAAGGAGACCGAAAACCUGUUCCAUUCCAACCUUCUGCGCCUGCAGAUCGAGGAGCUGUUGAAAGAGGUGACCCUCAAGGAGAAGAGGAAGCAGAGGAUCGACGCCUUCCUUCACGAAAUCAGCGCCAUGCUCAACGACGUCCCGGAUGUUCCCGCGAGAGAUAUCACUGACCAGUCCUGGCUCCCCACGGGAGUGAAGGUCCCUAUCCUGCAGAGUCCUUUCAAGGUGAAGGGCAAGUUCCAUUUUCUGCCCCCAGCAGAGGUGAAGGUGGUGGGGAGUUACCUGCUGGGCACCUGCAUCAAGCCGGAGGUGAAUGUAGAUGUGGCAGUGAUCAUGCCCAAGGAAGUUUUCCAAGAGAAGGAUAACCUCAACCAGCGCUACCACCGCAAGAGGGCCCUCUACCUGGCCCACCUGGCCCAACACCUGGCCGAGACGAACCGCUUCGGGAGCGUGGCCUUCGCCUACCUGAACGGCAACCAUCUGAAGCCCGUUGUGCUCCUCCAGCCACAAGGGAAGGAAGCGAAGACGGUGACAAUCCGCCUCCACGCCUGCCCAGCCCCGGGGGUCUUCCGGCCCCUCCGUUUGCACCCCAGCAAAAACAACAUCCGGACUGCUUGGUUCACGGAGAAGGACUCGUCCGGGACAGGAGUCUCUGAGCCCCCCACCCCCCAUUACAACAACUCCAUUUUGUGGGACCUGGUGUUAGAGACCAACCUGCUCUACCUCUCCGAGGCAGCCAGCGCCUUCCGGGGCUUCCAAGACGGCGUGGCCCUCCUCAAAGUUUGGCUCCGCCAGCGAGAGCUUUAUCAGGGGCUAGGAUGUUUCAACGGCUUCGUGGCCUCCAUGCUGGUGGGCUACCUCCUGGCCACGCACAAGAUCAGCAAAAUGAUGAGCGCGUACCAGGUGCUGCGGAACGCCCUCCACUUCUUGGCUACUACAGACCUGACAACAUCUGGAAUCAGCCUCUCAAAACACAGAGAACCCAAUCUGCCUUCCCUGACGGACUUCCAGCAGGCAUUCCAAGUGGUGUUUGUAGAUUCUUCUGGACUGGUGAACCUGUGUGCGGAUAUGACUGCCAACACGUACAAGCAGGUCCAGUUUGAAGCCAGGCAGUCGAUGGAGAUUCUGGAUGACAAAACCGUGGAUGGGUUUCAGCUACUCUUCAUGACCCAGAAGCCUCUGCUCCGCACCUUUGAUCACGUCUUUCACCUCCGUCACGUCUCCAAACUCCAGACGGCUUGCAAGAAGAUGCAGCUGCUCAACGCCUUGAUGGACCGCGGCGGGAAUUAUGUGGCCGCCGUUCUCCCAUUCUUCCUCGGCUUGCUGGAGCGUGGACUGGCCCGGCGGUUGGUGCUCCUGGCUCAUCAGUUGCCUCAGACUCAGCCGUGGCCGAUUCACGUAGAACCCCCGAAGCACAAAGACGUCGGUUCCUUAUCUUUCGGACUGUUGCUAAAUCUUGACUUCGCAAACAGUGUUUUGGAGCGAGGACCAGAAGCAGAUCAAGAUGAGGCCGUGGAGUUUCGGCAAUUUUGGGGAGAGCGGUCAGAGCUGAGGCGCUUCCAAGAUGGCGUCAUCUGCGAGGCUGUUUUGUGGGACGCUGCAAAUCUGUGCCAGAAACGUCUUAUUCCGGAGCAAAUAAUACGUCAUAUUUUGAAACUGCACCUGGACAUUCCAGAGACUUCCAUCUCGUACGUGGGGGCCCUGUUGGAGCCCCUAAUUAAACCAGGGCGUGAGCCGGCAGGGACUGGCGAGGAAGACAUGGUCAGCCUGAUCCGUUCCUACGACGACCUGAGCCGCAAACUGUGGCACCUGGAGGGGAUGCCCUUAACGGUGACGGCGGUGCAAGGCGCUCACCCUGCCCUUCGCUACACAGACACUUUUCCUCCAGUCCCUGUGAAACCAGAUUAUUCCUUCCACGGCAAGAUCAAAGACAGAGCAUCCUUUCUCCCCGUGGUGGAAAAGCCGUGCCCUGUUUACGUGGCCCCAAUAAAAGUGAUUUGCCAGAUGGAGGGAAGCGGUCAGUGGCCUCGGAACAAGGAGGCCAUUCAGCGCAUCAAAGCCGCUUUCCAGAUGCAGCUGGCGGAAGUCCUGAACCAGCAACACGAUCUGCUGUGCCGGCCAACCGCCACCUACACCGAUAUACAUAAGGAUGGCUACGUCUUCCGCCUUCAAGUGGCCUACCAUCGGGAGCCCCAGAUCCUGAAGGAGUUGGUCACCCCGGAAGGGAUGCUGAAGUACCAGGACACCCCAGAAUCUCAGCAGCUGGAACUUGAGACCUUACACCUGCCUUUCUUGACUAGUUCGCUCCAUGGGCUGCAGCAACAAUAUCCAGCUUUUAGCGGCAGCUGCCGUCUCGCCAAGCGAUGGAUCAACGCUCAGUUGCUCAGCGACAGCCUCACGGAGGAGGCCGUGGAUUUAUUAGCGGCCUUCCUUUUCCUCUCUCCAGCUCCCUUCACGGCACCCAGCUCUCCCCAGGUGGGUUUCCUUCGCUUCCUUCACCUGCUUGCCACCUUCGACUGGAAGAACAACCCUCUGUUGGUGAACCUCAACGGCGACCUCAAAGAGGCAGAUUAUGUAGCCAUCAGAAACCACUUCAUGGAAGCUCGGCCUCAUCUCCCGGCCAUGUUCAUCGCUACCCCGAAAGACCAGAAAUUAUCACUGUGGACCAGAGAGAAGCCAUCACCUCAGAUCCUUCAGCGCCUCCUUGUACUGGCUCAAGAGGCCCUUCAGGUGUUGGACAAGCAGCUGAUGGACCCUCUGGGAACCCAGGAUGUGAAGAUGGCCUUCCGGCCUCCCUUGGACCUCUAUGAUGUCCUCAUCCACUUGAACCCAAAGCAGGUUCCCAGGCAGCUGGAAGCCGUGGACCGGCCCAUCAUGUCGUACUACCGGGGGAUGUUGAAGAGCAGCGGUACUACAAAAACCAUUUCUUUCCCAGUGGUGGAUUACGACCCCGUGCAGUGCUACCUGCAGGAGCUCCGAGAAGCCUUCAGUGACUUUGCCCUGUUCUUCUACGACAAAUUUGGAGGAGAAGUUAUUGGGGUCCUCUGGAAGCCCUCGGCCUUCGAGCCCCAGCCCUUCAAGGUAUCAAACAUAAAAGGACGGAUGAUAUCCAGAGCAGGUUCUCAGCCAACCGUCGUUCCAAACGUGGAGGCUAUUUUGGAAGACUUCAAGAUCUUGGGGGAAGGCCUGGUCAAAACGUUGGAAGCUCGGACAGAGAAAUGGUCCAUCUAGAACAGGGGUCUCCAACCUUGGUCCCUUUAAGACUUGUGGACUUCAAAUCCCAGAGUCCCUCAGCCAGCUUUGCCACCUGGAGUCCUCCUUGGAUUUGAAAAUGUUGAGGGUGGGGUUCGUCUCACCCGUAACUCUAUUUUUUUUCCUUUAGAUUUUUUUCCUAGAUUUUUUUUUAUUACAUUGUGAUUGAAAGCUCAUUCCACUCUAGUCUCCUUCCAAAAAGAUGCAUUCAAUUCAGAUGAGCCUGAUAAAGGACUUUAUUCAAUCUUUUUGCCUUCUGGUUAAAGAAACCUUGGAAAAUGUCUCUUCGUUCAUUGAGUUGAAAUCAAAUGGACUAGAACAGGAGUCUCCAACCUUGGCAACUUUAAGCCUGGUGGACUUCAACUCCCAGAAUCCCCCAGCCAGCUUUGCUGGCUGGGGGAUUCUGGGAGUUGAAGUCCAUCAGGUUUAAAGUUGCCAAGGUUGGAGACCCCUGGACUAGAAGACCUCCAAGGUCCUUUCCAACUCUUGUUAUUUUAUUCUAUUCAAAUCAAGCAUCGCUUCGCUUCCUCUCCCUUGCUGGAAAGGAAAUAAAGAUUACAGUAGUGGCCAAAUUGUGGAAACCUUUUGGGAAAAGUGUAUUUUGUAAAACCAGUUAAUAACACCACUUUUUGGGAGGAGUAGUACCAUAAAAUUAUAUAUCAACGGAAAGAUAAUUUAAUCAAAGAAUGUAAUGCAAUCACUUUUAUGAAGGAUUUGCUAUUAGAAUAGCAGUUACAGUAUAAAGAAGAAAAGUGAAAUGGGUAGAAAAAAGGAGAUAUACAAAAAUCUUCACCAUGUCAGUUAAUCCUUAGCUGGAUAACCUUUAGCAUGAAUUACGGCCUUACAACGUCUUCCUAUGGAGUGAACCAAGUCUUUUAGUUCUGUAGCUGUUACAAUGAAUGAUUGCUUCUAUUAACUGGGUUUUAUUGCUGGGUCACUUCUGCCUAACAAGUGUCUUUAGUCGGCUCCAUAGA